AUGUUUGACGUGUUCACGGAGUUUGGUUUGGUAUUGGAAGUUUACAUGCCAACUAGAAGAGACAAAAGAGGCAAAAGGUUUGGGUUUGUUAGAUUCAGAAAGGUUUUGGAUGUUAGGGUCUUAGCUACUAAAUUGGAUAGUAUUUUUAUACUGGGAAAAAAAAUUCAUGUUAACCUACAAAGGUUUGUUCGUGGAAAGGAUAAAGGUAUGCAUGCGUUGGAGAAGUAA